CCGCUGGGGGGGGGGAACGGGAGAAACUCCCCCCUCCUUCCCCUCCCCUUCCCCCUGCGUAAGAUCCGGCCUGUGGGAAAAGGGAUGAAUGUUAAUUUCAAAGAUGGCGGCGGAGGGAGGAGGGAAGGAGAUGAACGAAAUUAAAACUCAGUUCACCACUCGAGAAGGCGUCUACAAACUCCUCACUCACUCCGAGUACAGCCGCCCCAACAGGGUGCCUUUCAACUCGCAGGGUUCCAACCCCGUCAAGGUCUCCUUCGUCAACGUCAACGACCAGUCGGGCAACGGCGACAGGAUCUGUUUCAAUGUGGGCCGUGAGCUCUACUUCUACAUCUACAAAGGCGUCAGAAAGGCGGCUGACCUGAGCAAGCCCAUAGACAAGCGCAUCUACAAAGGAACGCAGCCCACCUGUCACGACUUCAACCACCUCACUGCCACGGCGGAAAGCGUCUCCUUGCUCGUGGGUUUUUCUGCUGGACAGGUACAGCUCAUUGACCCCAUCAAGAAGGAGACCAGCAAGCUCUUCAAUGAGGAGAGACUAAUAGAUAAGUCCAGAGUAACCUGUGUGAAAUGGGUGCCAGGUUCAGAGAGCCUGUUUCUGGUCUCUCAUGCCAGCGGGAACAUGUACCUGUACAACGUGGAGCAUACUUGUGGCACCACGGCACCUCACUACCAGCUGCUGAAACAAGGGGAGAACUACUCUGUACACACGUGUAAGAGUAAAUCCACACGGAACCCUCUCCUUAAAUGGACAGUGGGGGAGGGGGCUCUGCAUGAGUUCGCCUUCUCUCCAGACGGGAAGUUCCUCGCCUGUGUGAGCCAGGACGGCUUCCUACGAGUCUUCAACUUUGACGCGGUGGAGCUUCACGGCACGAUGAAGAGCUACUUUGGUGGCUUGCUGUGUGUGUGCUGGAGCCCCGAUGGAAAGUACAUAGUUGCAGGUGGCGAGGACGAUUUAGUGACCGUGUGGUCGUUUUUGGACUGCAGAGUCAUUGCCCGAGGCCAUGGGCACAAGUCGUGGGUCAGUGUGGUGGCAUUUGACCAUUACACCACCAGCGUGGAGGAGAGCGACCCAAUGGAGUUCAGUGGCAGCGACGAGGACUUCCAGGAUCAGAUGAUCCACUUUGGACGAGACCGGGCCAACAGCACGCAGUCUCGACUCUCCAAGCGCAACUCCACGGACAGCCGGCCUGUUAGCGUCACGUACCGGUUCGGCUCAGUGGGCCAGGACACUCAGCUGUGCCUAUGGGACCUUACCGAGGACAUCCUGUUUCCCCAUCUUCCACUGUCACGGACACGGACACACACUAACGUGAUGAAUGCUACCAGCCCGCCUGCGGGUGCUACGAUAAUCACUAACACCUCGAGCAACGCUACUAAUGGAAACGACAGUGGUGCCAAUACUCCUGGCAUUAACUCCCUCUCUACGGCAUUACCACGCUCCAACAGCCUGCCCCACUCGGCCAGCACCACGGCAACGGCCAACAGCACCAACAAGGCGGGCGGCAUCGGCAGUGGUAUUAUGGACACUGCCAUUGCCACUGGCGUGAGUAAGUUUGCCACGCUAUCACUCCACGAUCGGAAGGAGCGCCACCACGAGAAAGACCACAAACGCAACCACAGCAUGGGUCACAUCAACAGCAAGAGCAGCGACAAGCUCAACCUGCUGACCAAAACUAAAACGGACCCCGCCAAGACUCUGGGCACUCUGCUCUGCCCGCGCAUGGAGGAUGUGCCCCUCCUCGAGCCCCUCAUCUGUAAAAAGAUAGCACACGAGAGACUGACUGUACUCAUAUUUUUAGAGGACUGUUUAGUGACUGCUUGUCAGGAGGGAUUUAUUUGCACAUGGGCGCGGCCAGGCAAAGUGGGUUUAUUGUCAUCCCAAAACCAAGCCAGCUCUCCCAGUGGAACAGUAGUAUAGCCACAAUAUUUCUGCUGCUAAAGAACACUGCAACCCAGAGUCUGAUGCUGCCCUUCACCCUGCAAGCAUUGCAAGUUUCCUUUUCUUUUCCAACCCUCCCAGAUUUUGUUGAUGGCUUUCCUUUUUUUUUUUUUUUUCACUCACUUGGCCUAGAGGAGGAAUGAAGCAAGAAAAAGUGUGGUGCCAUUGUGGACGAUUGUCAUUUCAAAUCUCUGGGAAUUAAGCCUUCCAUUGUUGGAUGCGAACAAGACGAUUGAGGCUUGAGACCAAAGGGAUAGUUAAUUUAGUUUUUGUAAUCUGUGUGCACUUUUGCUGUGGCCCAGUCUCUGUUCAGGGUUAGGUUACUGACUGAAAUGUGCUAUUUGGAUAAACUAUCCCUUUACCACCAAGUGUGUAAGCAUCUCCACCCACCUUUCUGUCUUUUUUUUUAAUAGAAUCUCCCCGUCAACAACUUUGCACUGAUUUUGUUAGUUUGUUUUUUUAUAACUACUCUAAUGGAACAAAAGAGUGGAGGACUGCCUUGUUGCACUCGGCUUUAUUAUCCUCUUCACUUUAACUCUGAAACUAUAAAGUUCGAUGCUGCAAUCAGUCUUUUUAAAGAAGAAAAAUGUUUGCACUUAAUUUAGUUAAUUAGAAGAAAAUUGCUUUACAUUUUGGCUGUGCUCAGAACUCAGAUGGUUGAUAACAGUAGGCGAAGGAAAAAGGAUAAACUUUUAUCUAUUGAGCAUUUAUUUUAAUAUUGUUUCAGAUUAAAAUCUGCUUUGUAUUAUAAUGUGCGUAUUGUAAUUAAUAGAUUUGAUGGGGCCCUAAGCAAACUACCAUUUCUCCAGUGGCAGUUUUAUCACAAUAGUUAUAUUUCUAAAGCAUACAUAUAAAUAAUAUUAAAAUAAUCUUGAAUACAGCA